AGGCACAGGAUCACACACACAGGGGAUGCACAUUUCAAAUGUAAGAUAUGUGGGAAAAACUUUGAUUAUCCCAGUUUACUUCAAAUACAUCAGAGAAUGCAUACUAGGGAGAAGCCCUAUGCAUGUAAGCAGUGUGGCAAAGCCUUUUCUAGAUCCAGUCACCUUCACACACAUGAAAAAACUCAUACUGGACAGAAGCCUUAUGAUUGUAAGCAGUGUGGGAAAGCCUUUGCUACAUCUGGUUACCUUCAGAUUCAUGAAAGAAUGCACACUGGAGAGAAGCCCUAUGAAUGUAAGCAGUGUGGAAAAGCCUUCACUCAGUCCUCUAACCUUCACUCACAUGAAAAAAUUCAUACUGGAGAGAAGCCCUAUGAAUGUAAGCAGUGUGGCAAAGCCUUUGCUUGUUCCAGUUACCUUCACAGACAUGGAAUAAUACAUACUGGGGAGAAGCCCUAUGAAUGUAAGCAGUGUGGCAAAGCCUUUUCUAGAUCCAGGAACCUUCACUCACAUGAAAAAACUCAUACUGGAGAGAAGCCCUAUGAUUGUAAGCAGUGUGGCAAAGCCUUUGCUAUGUCCAGUAACCUUCAGAUUCAUGCAAGAGUACAUACUGGAAAGAAGACCUUUGAAUGUAAGCAGUGUGGCAAAGCCUUUGCUAGAUCUCGUGACCUUGAAACACAUGGAAGAACACAUACUGGAGAGAAACCCUAUGAAUGUAAGCAGUGUGGCAAAGCCUUUUCUACAUCCAGUUACCUUCCGAUUCAUGAAAGAGUGCAUACUGGAGAGAAGCCCUAUGAAUGUAAGCAGUGUGGGAAAGCCUUUUCUACAUCCAGUUCCUUUCAGAUUCAUGGAAGAACACAUACUGGAGAGAAGCCUUAUGAAUGUAAGCAGUGUGGCAAAGCCUUUACUACAUCCAGUCAUCUUCACUCACAUGAACAAACUCAUACUGGGGAGAAGCCCUAUGUGUGUAAGCAGUGUGGGAAAGCCUUCACUCAUUUCUCUGGCCUUCACACACAUAAAAAAAUUCAUACUGGGGUGAAGCCUUAUGCAUGUAAGCAGUGUCGCAGAGCCUUUGCUCGUUCCUCUGACCUUCACUUACAUGAAAGAAUUCAUACUGGAGAGAGGCCUUAUGCAUGUAAGCAGUGUGGCAAAGCCUUUGCUACAUCCAGUAAGCUUCACAGACAUAGAAGAACACAUACAUGGGGAGAAGCCCUAUGAAUGUAAGCAGUGUGGCAAUUUCUUUGCUAGUUCCAGUUACCUUCCCAAACUUUAAAAACUCUUACUGGAGAAAAGCCCUAUGAGUGUGAGCAAUGUGGCAAAGCCUUUGCUAGUUCCAGUGACCUUCAAAGA